AUGUCCGCGUCCCUCUCUCCCAAAGUCGUGCUGGUUACUGGUUGCUCCAGUGGCGGAAUAGGGUUUUCGCUAUGUGAGGAGUAUGCCGCCCAAGGUUGCAAAGUUUACGCGACCGCGCGCAGGCUCGAAGCCAUGGGCGGAUUUACUCAUAACACGGUCGAACGACUUGUGCUGGACGUUAUGAGCGACGAUAACGUCCAAGAUGUCGUGCGGACCAUCCUCGAGAAGGAGGGCCGCAUCGACGUCCUUGUCAACAACGCCGGAGUCCUGUGCACGGGUCCUACAAUAGAUGUACCGAUGGAUGAGAUACAGCGCGCGUACGAUGCCAACGUGUUUUCAAUUAUUCGCAUGUGCAGGGCGGUCAUACCCCACAUGGCUUCACGCAAGAGCGGCACUGUGGUCAACAUCAGUUCCGUUCAAGCAUACGUACCGACGCCUUGGGCAGGAAUUUACGCCUCGACGAAGGCGGCAAUGCACUCCCUCAGCGAGGUCCUCUACAUGGAAUGCACCCCGCUCAACAUCGCCGUCGUCCUCGUCACCACCGGCGCCGUGCGCUCUAACCUCGCGAACAACCGGCUCGCGACCUACCCCGGCCUCCCCGAGGGCAGCCUCUACGCGCGCUAUCUGCCGAACAUCAUCGAGCGCGUCGGCAUGAGCCAGGGCACCGACAGCAUGCCCACGGACGAAUACGCGCGCCGCGUCGUGCGGAGCACUCUGCAGGGGAGACCGCCGCGGCAGAUGCGGCUCGGGGGAAAGACGUUGCUGUACCGCGUGUUGCAGUGGCUCCCGAGGGGCUUCGUGCUGUGGUUGAUGUGGCGUCGGUUCUCUCGGGCCACGAAGUGAGGAUAGUAGGUCAGUGUAGAAUCCCGUACGUGAUGAUCGCGCCAUGUCUAGUAUUCUCGUUCACGCCCGCUAUUCUCGUCAACAGUCCACUUCUUGAAAGUCAUCGCCGAGUUCGCGGCGACCGACGCACUACGUUUGUUUCGUCCGACCCGCCCGCGGCUUUUCUUUUCCUCUUGCCGAUCCUACGGCUCGGACCGUCCUCCCGCACAGCUUCAUCAAGGCUCUGUACGAGAGCGUGCGUUAGUCGACAUCUCUUCGCAUUAUUGGUACACAUAGGCAAUUUACCUCGCUCCUGGACACAUCCUCUGUAGUGUCCUCUGCGUUCGGGAUGUGGUCUUCUAGGUCUGCUACGAAGGAGGUCUUUGGUUGAGAGAUUUCAGAUACGUUUGCGUUCGCGGUGUUGUUUGGCGGAAGUUCC